AUAUAACAAGAUUGAAACCUUCCAUUAGUUAUGAUAUUGUUCAAUCCUAAUGUAAGAUACUUUCAGACAUAGAAAUACUAUUCUAAAUAUGGCCAAUUAGGAGGAAUAUAAAGAAAAAGAUCUAUCAGUGAAUAUGAUUGACAAAUUAAAUUAGAAAAUAAUAUACUUCUGAUUAACUGAAACAAAUCAUAAAAGAUCAUGACUUCUAAAGUAUCCACGAAGUGUAAUAAGGCUUCUACAUUAAUAAUUACUAAUUACGAUGACAAUAAAACUGAGAAGAAGAAGAAAGGAUUUUCUGAAAAUUUUGCGAAAGAUUACAUUACUAAAUCUGUAAGAGAAACGAGAUAUUUUGAAAUGAUUCAAAAUAUGUCAGCAACCACGAAGGUAGCUCCGUUAUAUUUGGGCAGCCAGAGCUACCAGGAACUUUUUAAAAAAUUGAUAGAAUCAUGUCGCAGUUUUUUUACUAAAGAAUAUGGGAAAAGUGAAGAAGACUACAAUAUGUUCGUCGAAAACUGCACGAAAACUUAUGAAAUCCCUAAGCGCCAUGAACGUUCAUUAGUUUUUGAAAGGAUGAGAUUAUAUAAAUAUGAUACUGAAUACGGGAAAAAAGACACGGCCUCGGUAGUAUCUAUGAAAAAGAGCAAGACAUCAAUUGUUCCCCGCCAUAAAUCAAAAGGAGAGUGUAUGAAAAAUCGAUCUAGGCAGGUAUCAGCCUGUAAAAGAUCAAAGUCUCUAUACAAAAGGAUGAAAAAGUCAAAAAAAGCUGAUGCGUAUGGAACCGUGUUUGAACGGAGCGCGAGUGAUUUGAUCGAUUCGAGCGAAGAAGAACAGCGCAGAGGGUCUAUAAAAGAUGCCCCCAAGAAAUUAAAACCGUUCGUUUACAAGUUAUCUGAUCCAGAAAUGAUAAAGAACGGCAUCACGGUGAACUACCAGCUGCCCAAAAGACUUGUUACCUUCGUUGCGCACCCAGCUUGCCGUCACACGUUUUGGUUUCAAACGAGGAUAGAGCCGCUGGAGAAGUACUAUCCUAACGGAAAUAUUUCCUGGAGACACGACACGGACGGAACCGCAACUGUCUAUUACGAAAACGGAGAGCCGGCCAUUUCUUUCAUAUAUGGACGGAUUGGGCCGCUGAUUAUUGUCUACACGAAGAGCGAGAAGAUAAGAGACCGGAUCAUCAAGCAAGUCCCAGUUGCCUUGUUUGAUACCAGGGGAAACGGCGUUGUAUAUAACAAAAAAACUGGCAAGAAGAGGUUACUGUACGACCAAGCGCAAGGAAUCUUAUUGGACACCCCUUCAAAGUGCCCUAUUUCUUGGAAGUGGAAAUGUUACAACCAAGUACAAUGCCGAAGAGCGGAACUCAAUUUCGUAUCUCCAACCCACUUAGACGAUUAUGAUUUUGGCAAGAGGAAAACGCGUAUUACAAAGAAUAUUGAAAAUUUACAACGAAAGUCUAAGAAGAGAAGAAUAACAUCCAUCUGGGAACCGAGAAAAUCAAGAUUCAGGAAGAAAUCACGAAGAACAGAAUAUCUUAAUAUGUUGAAAUAUAAGAGGAGAUACACCUCGAAGAUGGCUAGUUCCAAAUCUGAGCUGAGUUGUGCGAGUAUAAAAAAAAAAUUCUCAAUGAAUAAUUCGAUUUUAAGGGACAUAGACGUUCCAAAAGUUAUCCGCUUUGUUGGCCGCAAGAUUGUGAUCAAACCAAUUUUCACGCCAUGCUCAGAAAUAGAAGCAAUAAUAACCAACGUCGCAUCCUCUCCUUCUCAUAGGACCCUCUUCGAUUCUGCCGCCGCCUCCGCAAAGAUCUCUUCUAAGCCUACUUCUAGAGGCGCUGGACAAAAGUUUAGAUUAUUUGGGCAUUCAGAUGAUAGACUAUUUAGAGAACCUUUAACCAGAUGUAAACAUAAAAGAAAACGCAAGUGCGUGCUGAAGCCGAUAGUUCUCAAUCUUACUGAUAAAAUAUCGUUGACCAUAACUGAACAAGAACAUAUUCACAUAGAUUUUAUCAGUCAUCCUAUGCACUAUGUUUUUAACAUUGGUGUAGAAAUAUUUGUUGAUAAGUCAGAAUCUAUAUUUGACGUCAGAAUCCCUAACGUCAAUAAAGAUUACAUUCCAUCAGUUUUAGAAGCGUUAAAAACAAAAUGUCCUAUACUUCACAACAUAAACAGGGCUAUUACAAAUGUCAGAAACAAGGCACAGCAGAAAUCGAGAAGGGACUGUAUUAGGAGCUUGAAAGCAUGGGGCCAAGACAAAUAUCUUGGAAAAGUGCCACUCUGUAAAUUAAUGAAUAAUAAGUGCAGUUGUAGAGAUUGUAACUGUAUUCCAGAGAAUAUUGAAACAAUAUAAACGUACGAUAUAUAUAUAUUUUUUUAAAUUUAUAGCAUAGUUUAUAAUAAACAAUC